GUUUCUCUAAACAUCACCCCUCUUCAGCCUGCGGAACUCUCGUUGUUUUGGAUUUCAAAACCCUAGAUGUCCUUUAUGAGGAUUCCUCAAUCGUUACCAUCGAUGUUCCCUAUGUUCCUGGAUUUCUUGCCUUCAGAGAGGCUCCAGUAUUUGUACAACUUUUGAAGAAAAUGCAGGAUUCUUCUCAUCCUUUCUACCCUCAGUUGUUGAUGAUCGAUGGAAAUGGAAUACUUCAUCCUAGAGGCAUGUGCUUCUGUUAAAGCUGUCUUUGUAGCCGAAAUUCUGGGCUUUGUUUGGUGUGUCCUUAUAGUUGGGGAUCGAAUGCUUUUGGUAGUUAAGGCUUUGGCUCAGCUUGCCAUCUCGGGGUUCUUGCUGAUCUCCCCACAAUUGGCGUAGGGAAGAAUACAGUUGCAUCAUGUGGAUGGUCUUACUAACUCCAGAGUAAGGGAGCUUCUAGAAGCUGAAGACAACUUCAACGUAGACUUCGUCCCUUUAGUUGGAGACUCAGGGAACACUUUAGGAGCAGCAAUACAUUCAAGUAAAGGGUCAUGUAAACCAAUAUUUGUUUCAGUUGGCCACCGUGUAUCUCUUGCUUCUGCUGUUGAAGUUGUUAAAAGAACAUGCAAAUACCGUGUGCCAGAGCCCAUCAGGCAGGCUGACAUAAGAUCAAGAGACUAUCUUCGGAAGCAUCAUUGAAUCAUUUUAGACGGUUAUCUCAAGAGACUGCCUACAUUCUACCUAUUUAGUGGGACCUACAUUAGGAGAAGGCGGCGGAGGGUGUUGAAAUACGUGGAGGAAAGAGGCAGAUGAUGAAGAGGAUGAUGAUGCUUACACGUACUGUCGUGAAUCGCUUCACCAUUGUUCAGUCACACUCUCUACGUUGUCACUCGCAAAGCCGUCGCCAGAUGAGCAUGGGAAGUGAAAGUCUUGUUAGCCGGCUUAAGAGUUGUGGAUUAUUACAAACCAAAGGUCUUAUUGGUGGGAAGUGGGUCGAUGCAUACGAUGGAAGGACCAUCGAGGUUCACAACCCUGCUAACGGUCAAGUUAUAGCCUCUGUUGCUUGCAUGGGAGACAAGGAAACAAAAGAUGCAAUCUCUGCAGCCUAUGAUGCAUUUGCCCCUUGGAGCAAGCUUACUGCUGCUGACAGGAGUAAUCGCCUACGUAAUUGGUAUAACUUGUUGAUUCAACAUAAAGAAGAGCUUGGACAGCUUAUAACUCUGGAGCAAGGAAAACCUAUCAAAGAAGCCAUUGGGGAGGUUGGAUACGGGGCUAGUUUCAUCGAGUUCUUUGCAGAGGAGGCAAAGCGUGUUUAUGGUGAUAUAAUUCCAGCAACGCUGCCUGACCGCCGUCUUUUUGUUCUAAAGCAGCCUGUUGGUGUGGUUGGUGUAGUAACUCCUUGGAAUUUCCCCUUAGCAAUGAUCACCCGCAAGGUUGGCCCUGCCCUUGCCUGCGGUUGUACGGUGGUCAUAAAGCCUUCAGAGUUUACACCUUUGACUGCCUUAGCGGCAGCUGAGCUGGCCCUUCAAUCUGGAAUCCCACCAGGUGUCUUGAAUGUGGUAAUGGGCGAUGCUCCAAAGAUAGGAAAUUCUUUGCUUGAGAGUCCACAAGUAAGAAAGAUAACAUUUACCGGUUCGACAGCUAUUGGAAAGAAAUUGAUGGUUGGUGCAGCCGAGACUGUUAAAAAGGUAUCUCUAGAACUUGGUGGUAAUGCACCUUGCAUAGUCUUCGAUGAUGCUGAUCUGGAAGUGGCACUGAAAGGGAGUUUGGCAACCAAAUUCCGAAACAGUGGACAGACAUGCGUAUGUGCAAAUAGAAUACUUGUGCAAGAAGGCAUAUAUGAGAAGUUUACAAGCGCCUUUUCAAAUGCCGUCCAGGACCUUAAAGUUGGCAAUGGUUUUAGUGAAGGUGUGGUUCAGGGACCACUUAUCAACGAGGCUGCUGUACAGAAGGUUGAUUCAUUUGUGCAAGAUGCUAUCUCAAAGGGAGCAAAAGUCCUUGUGGGUGGUAAGAGGCAUAGCCUCGGGUUUACUUUUUAUGAGCCUACAAUUAUAGGUGAUGUCAAGAAUGAGAUGCUCAUAGCAAGGCAGGAAGUGUUUGGACCUGUUGCACCUGUUAUACGGUUUAAAACCGAAGAAGAAGCUAUACAGAUUGCUAACGACACCAAUGCAGGGUUAGCUGCUUACAUAUUCACAAACAGUAUGAAACGAUCGUGGCGUGUGGCUGAGGCUCUUGAAUAUGGUAUAGUGGGAGUCAAUGAGGGAUUGGUUUCUACAGAGGUGGCUCCAUUUGGAGGUUAUAAGCAGUCUGGUUUAGGACGGGAAGGUUCCAAAUAUGGUUUGGAUGAGUAUCUUGAAAUCAAAUACGUUUGUAUGGGGAACAUGGGAUGAUUUGAUCAUAGAUUGGUGAGGUUGAUGUUCCAGACGUAGGAGAAAUGUUGCAGGAUGGUAAGAUUGUAGGAUUUGUAUUUUGUGCAUGCUUUUAUAAGAAUAAAUAAAUGGUGUAACCCAAAACAUAUUUGCUCAAUAAAUAAGGUAGAUUGAUUUGGUUUUUGAACA